AUGGUGCCGGCGAUUACAAAAGGUCUGGCCAGUGUCCGUGACGAGUCUGUUACGGCGUCUGAUGACAGCUAUAUGGUCGUACGCAUCCAAAUGCACGACGACGCCAAGGCAUCACGGCCAGCCGUAGUAUACCUCACAACUGACAACACCAACAUGAGCGGCUUCGGCGGACUCAACAAAACAAUAGGCGGAAUCGUCAUUGCUGUUGUGCAGUCGCAGCUGUUCCGUGUCGACACGCCUGCUCAGCUUGCCGCUGCCACAGACCAUGUCUACAAUCUUGUGCGCCGCGCCCGUCGCGAGGACCCGGCUACCGACCUUGUGCUGUUCCCCGAGUACUGCAUCCACGGCCUGUCGAUGAACACCGGCCCGGCCAACUUGUGCUCCAUGGACGGUCCCGAAGUAGCCGCUUUCGUGCUGUUUGCGCCGAGCAGACCCUGGAACGUCGGCCUCACCAUCAACGCCAACGGCGAGAUUGUCGCCUACUACUGUAAGAUGCAUCCCUGGGCGCCCAUUGAGCCUUGGUACCCGUGCAACCGCGGCGUGUCCGUCCUUACGGGCCCUGGCGGCGUGCGUAUGAGUCUCAUCACCUGUCACGACGGCAUGUUCCCCGAGAUGGCGCACGAGGCCGCCUACAAGGGCGCCGAGGCGCUUCUGUGCAGGGCCGGGUACACAUUGCCUGUCCGCAGAGGCACCGUCGCUGCUAACCUCACGUACACGGCCAAAGUGCGUCGACGGCGACGUGACUGGGGCGUCGAGAACAACCUGUUCCAGCUAGGCCACCGGGGACUCAUCGCCGUCGACGGUGGUGCCAGCGGCUGUCCGUACACAUACAUGCGCGACAUAGUUGCUGGUCGGUAUGCGCAAGCGGAGGACGCUGAGGUGGUCAGAAUAAACCCAAAUAAGUCGGCCAGCGAAGACAAAUGA